AUGUUCAUGUACGACCACUCCUAUUGUACCACCCUCUCCCUGACGCUGUUUGCCCCACGCACAUUUACAUUCCUCAGUGCCGUCCAUGACACCAUUUCGAAUAAGCCGAGUCCAUUCACAUCACCCACUUCACCCUCUCCCUUCGAGCCAGAACGUCCCAGAGAUACACCUUUGCAACCACACACGACGACUAAGUUCUCUGCUCUGACUACCUUGUUCAACGCUCUGGAUCCCAACCUCGGUGCACCACUCACACUCGUUGCACGCCGUCGCGGCACAGCCUCAGCCUCCACAACCUGCUCGACCUCAAUUCACACACGCACGCUAUUCAACUUGCAGGGACCGAGCAACGACCGAAGUGUGGUGUUGAAGACUACAUCAAACGGCCCGAGAACACAUUCUUCCUCUUCCGUUGCGGAUGCUGUUGGGAAAAGAACGAGGCGGAGGCAGCUCAUCAUACACUACAAGUACUCGAAUUCGACUGGCUCUCUGCCGAUAGUUCACUGUAUGGCUGCCCGUUCGGAUAUCCGCACACGAGGUGCAGUAGCGACGGGUUCAACCGCAGACGCAGUCAUAACUGUUGAGCCUCUCAAUGCCCUCGCUUUCUGGUGGACCGUCUGGAUCUGGUCAAGGGAUGGGCCUGGCAAUCGACACCUGUAA